AUCAAACUGCUUCUUUCUCUGUCUCCGUUUUUCUGAAAUCUCCUUCAAGAUUAAUUAGAGAUACUCUUCACGAUAUUCUUGUGAAGGCCAGUCUUUUAGAACUUUUGUUGGAGAUGGAGUGUCCUGCGAAAAAUGAUUUUUCAUUAUGUUUGGGUAUUCGUCUUGUGAUGUAUUCGUUCAGUUUUGAGUCCUACUGUUAUAGCCUCGUUUUUGAUAGUGAUUCAAGUUGUAUUCUAGCGUGAAUGUGCCUGUUUUCUUGUGUGUACUCGGCCUGAUAUAUUACAAAUUGGCGACGAGAAAUGGUUUCGGGUCCUCACAUUAUGUUUUAAUGGUUACAAAUGGGACUGUGGUGGACGUUUCCAGUUUUUUGUUGAAACGGAAAACUCAAGUAGGCCAGCUAAACGAGUUGAGUGGUAAAGACGAGCUCUGACUUCUUAGGCCCAUUUUGUUCGCUUGAAUGCUGACGUGGCAUUAGCAUGGCACAGGUGCUAGGACAGGUUGGUCCUUACUGUGAAGGGAAGGAGGGCUGGGCUUGUUAUGUGGAAAGGUUGGAACAGUUUUUCAUCGCAAAUGAUAUUACUGAAGCAUCCAAGAAAAGGGAUGUGCUUUUGAGUGGAAUUGGACCUUCAACAUAUUCGGUGUUGAGAAAUUUGAUGACCCCAGAUAUACCUUCAAGUAAGUCGUGUGAUGAGCUGAAAGCUACAUUAAAUGCUCAUUUUAAACCAAAGACGUUAGUGAUUGCAGAGUGCUUUCGUUUUUACAAGAGAAAUCAACAUGAAAAUGAGUCUAUUUAAGAUUAUAUUGUUGAGUUAAAGAACCUUGCAAGUACUUGUGACUUUGGGGAUUUUUUGUCAAUUGCUUUGCGGGAUAGGCUUGUUUGUGGUUUGCGUUCAGAGACUAUUCAGAGGAAGCUUUUAACAGAAAUUGACCUUACCUUUGACAAGGCAAAAAGAAUCACUGUAGCAAUGGAAUUAGCUCAAAAGAAUGCAGUUGAUUUGCAACCAUCAAGUUCAAGUAGUGGAUUAGGAGUUAACAAGAUGGAACAUAAACACAAUAAGAAGGCAAAAGCAAGUGCUUCAGCAUCUAAACCUGCUAAAGAGUGUUGGCAAUAUGGAGGAGAUAAACAUAAUGCAAAUUGCUCUAAGCAAGGUCACUCUGCAAAGAGGUGUAGAAGUGAAAAGAAGAAAACUGUACCAUCUGUGAAAACAAGUUUUCUUGGUACUUCAUCCAGUAAUGUUGGGUAUAGUAGUGAUGAAGAUUUGCAUACAAUCUUUUCUUGUAGAGGUGAUUCUAGGGCUACCUAGCAAGAAACAGUUUCUGUCAAUGAUGUUCCUUUGACUAUGGAAAUUGACACUGGAGCAGUAGUUUCAGUUGUUGGAAAUGCUUUUUAUGCGAAGUAUUUGCCACAUGUGCCUUUGGGUUCAUUUACAAAGCAACUUUAUUCUUAUUCUGGAGAGGUUCUUGCAACUAAAGGUGAAAUUUAGGUUGAUGUUGAGUUUAAAGGUCAAAAGGCUAAGUUACCAUUGGUUGUUGUUGAUGGUGACAAACCAGCUUUGUUAGGAAGAAACUGGUUGAUGGAAAUUAAGUUUGAUUGGAAUCAGCUGUUUGUGGUAAAUUAUGGUUUGGGUGAGGAAUUGGUUAAAAAGUACAAGAAUGUUUUUGAUGCUCAGCAUGGUGUUAUAAAAGGAUAUAAAGCAGACUUACUUCUUAAGAAAGAUGCUAAGCCUGUUUUUAAGAAGGCCCGUCCUGUUCCUUUUUCUUUGAAGGAAAUUGUGGAGAAGGAACUUAAUCGUUUGACCAAAGAUGGUAUUAUGGCACCAGUGAUGCAUAGUGAUUGGGCUUCUCCAAUUGUGGUAGUUCAAAAAACUGAUGGUAGAGGCAGAAUUUGUGGGGAUUAUAAAGUUUCAGUGAAUCCAGUCUUAGAUGUUGAUCAAUACCCGUUGCCAAACAUUGAGGACAUAUUUGCAACACUUUCAGGAGGAGUUUAUUUCAGCAAAUUGGACUUUUCCAAUGCAUAUCAAAAGUUAGAGCUUGAAGAGGAUGCGAAAGAUGUGUUAACCAUCAAUACUCACAAGAGGCUGUUCAGGAUAGAAAGGUUAAAUUUUGGUGUCGCUAGUGCACCAGCCAUAUUUCAGUCAGUCAUGGAUAGGGUGUUGUCUGGUGUGAAGAAUGUUAGAUGUUACUUGGAUGAUAUUCUGAUCACAACUAGAUCUAUUGAGGAGCAUAAGGAAAUCCUAUCAGAAGAAGUUUUGCAGAGGCUUGAAAGUCAUAACAUUAAAGCUAAACUCAGUAAAUGUGAAUUCUUCAAGUCUUCUGUCACUUACCUUGGAUACAAGAUAGACAAAGAAGGUUUGCAUCCAACUGAAGUGAAAAUCAGGGCCAUUAUUGAUGCACCUGCUCCAACAAAUGUUACAGAGUUAAGAUCCUGGCUUGGAUUGAUAAAUUAUCAUGAGAGUUUUCAAAGAAGUCUUGCCUCCAUUUUAGGCCCUUUGCAUGAGCUGCUAAGGAAGUAUGUACCAUGGGAGUGGUCAGAAGCAUGUCAGAAAGCAUUUGAAGCUUGUAAAGCACAGUUGAGCAGCAGUAAGGUACUAGUGCAUUACUAUACAGCUAAGCCUUUAAAGCUGGACUGUGAUGCAUCCAGUUAUGGAGUUGGAGCUGUGCUAUUACAUGUAAUGGAAGAUGGUUCAGAAAGACCAAUAGCAUAUGCUUCUAGAACAUUAAGUUCAAGUGAAAGAAAUUAUGCUCAAUUAGAGAAAGAGGCCUUAGCAAUGAUUUUUGGGCUAAAGAAAUUUCACAAGUAUCUCUAUGGGAGAACAUUUUCUUUGGUGACAGAUCAUAAACCGUUAACUUCUAUUCUUGGUGCACAAUCUGGUAUUCCAACACUAGCAGCAGCUAGAUUGCAACGUUGGGCUUUGAUCCUUGCAGCUUAUCAAUACAAAUUAUUGUACAGGAAAUCUAGUGAUCAUGCAAAUGCUGAUGCACUCUCUAGAUUACCAAGUGGAAAUUCACAGGAAGGAAAAGAGCCUUCAGUGUGUCAAGUUAGGUUUACUGAUUCUUUGCCAGUUUCUGCUAAAGAUAUACAGCAAGAGACAGGGACAGAUCCACUUUUGUCAAGAGUUCUUUCAUUUGUUUUGAAUGGUUGGCCAGAAGCUUGUGGCACUGAGGAGUUAAGGCCAUAUUUCAGUCGCAAGUUAGAGUUAUCUGCAGAGCAGGGGUGUGUAUUGUGGGGUACAAGGGUGAUUAUUCCACCAAAAUAUGGAAAUAGAAUGCUUGAAGAAUCACACGAAACACACCAAGGUAUCUGCCGUACUAAAGCGUAUGCCAGAAGUUACAUCUGGUGGCCAAAUCUUGAUUCACAGAUAGAAGAAUAUCUAAAGAGUUGUAAAAGCUGUCAAAUGUUUAGAAAUAAACCAGCACAGGCUCCAUUGCAUCCCUGGAAGUUUCCAGCAAGAGCCUGGCAGAGAAUUCAUAUUGACUAUGGUAUGUUUGACAAACAGAUGCUUUUGAUUGUCAUAGAUAGCUAUUCCAAAUGGAUAGAAGUGCACGAGAUGUCAACCAGUGGAGCAACCAUAGAUAAGCUGAGGUACAUUUUUGCAAGCUAUGGAUUGCCAAAGGAACUUGUUUCCGAUAAUGGUCCUCAGUUUGUUUCUGAAGAUUUUGACAUGUUCUUGAAAAGGAAUGGAAUUAAGCAUACUCUCAUUCCACCUUAUCAUCCAGCCAGUAAUGGAGCUGCAGAGAGAGCAGUGCAGACAGUAAAGCAAGCUCUAAACAAGAUGUGGCUAGAUCAUAAGAGAAAGGAUACUUCAGUAACAUGGUCAAGAAGAUUAGCUGAUUUUCUAUUGACUUAUCGUUCUACGCCACAUUCAGUUACAAAGCAAGCACCAUCAGAGUUAUUUAUAAAGAGAAUUCUGCGGACUAGGUUAAGUUUAGUAAAACCAAAUCUAGCUAGUGCGGUUGAAGAGAAACAGCAUCAGCAGAUAAAAUAUCAUGAUCAAAAGGGGGUUGAAAGUCGUGAGUUGAGAGAAAAUCAACCAAUGCUUGUUAGAAAUCACAGAGAUAGCAAGGAGAGAUGGAUCCCGGGAGUCAUUGUAAAGAAGAAAGGACCUCUUACAUAUUUAGUAAAGUGUGGGCAAAGAAUAAGAUUUGUGCACAUAGAACACCUUUCAAGUAGUGUGAUUCCACCAAAAGAGACAACAGAAGAGUUACCUGUUAUUCCAGAUGUAUUACCUUCAAUUGAAUUAGAGAAAAAAUGUGAUGGAACAGUUAUUGAGGACAAAGAUUUACCCAAUAAAAAGACCCCAGAGAAGGAAGAGUUACAGAUAGAGUCAGAAGUUCAAAAGUCUCCUGAGAUAAGAGUUGCAAAGACUCCUGAUGUGAGCUUACCAGCAAAGACUCCUGAAAGACGUUAUCCAACAAGAUUCAGAAGACCUCCCUCCAAGAUACUUGGACUUGGGUAAAUAAAAAAAACAGGUGGAACUAAAAGCCAGAAUAAUGCUUUUCUUCCUGUUUUCCAAGUGCUGGUAGUCAACCCAACACUUGUAGUUGAGUUGUUGUAUUAGUUCAUUCAUCUGCUAAAAGGACUUUUAAAUUACAGUAAAGGACUUUAAUAAAAGCAAAUCCAAUAAGUGUUGGACGUUUUUCUUUAAGGAAGGAAAAGUGUGAUGUAUUCGUUCAGUUUUGAGUCCUAUUGUUAUAGCCUCGUUUUGGAUAGCAAUUCAAGUUGGAUUCUAGCGUGAAUGUGCCUGUUCUCUUGUGUGUACUCGGCCUGAUAUAUUACACGUCUAAAACCUAUUGUUAUAUUCUUUUUAUUAUUUGUUCUUUUAAUUGUUAAGUUUACUGCCUUAAAGCUGUCAAAAAGGCUAUUUGAGGCCACCUUUACAAAAUUUGAAAUAUUUCAGUUCUUGGAGGCGGAAGUAGUAAUAGUUAAAGGAAAAAAUAAAAAUUGCACAUUUUAAUAGAAAAACAUCCAAAUUGGUGGAAGAUAGCAAACCCAGGACUUUAUGAAUUUAUUCAGAAAGAUCGAUGCAUGAAACAGUUUUAUGUAUUUUUUUAUUUGCUUUUUUCCAAAGCUAUUCGACGUUGAAAUUCAAUUCUCUAUCAGUAAUUACUAUCAGUAUCGUCUCUCGCUAUUUUCUUGAAUGAGGUCAUUUCCUGCAGGUAAAGCUUUGAGUGAAAUGUUUGAAAAGAAACCCACAUUGCAGUGAGAAACAUUGCUCUUACAUAAACGUAAGUCAACUUUGUAAUGCAUAAUUGCGAGGGAAUUCGAAUAUCUUAGAUAUUCGUGUCAGCUUGAAGUGCAAUAAGUAAUUCAAUUUGUUUCUGCUGCG